AAUGACAGAUUGCAGAUGAAAAUAGAUUCAAAGGUGUCAGCGAGUUCGAAGAAACACUUUAUGCGACUUGCGUGUGUGUGAUGGAUAAGAAAGGGUGUGUGUGUGUGACAUGCGUGUGAGGUGUGUAUGUGUGAUGGGGAGAAAGGGUAUGUGUUACUGUGUUUCUGUGCGGUGGGAUUAGUGACACUGGUGUUAUUUAAAGCGGUGUGCAAUAGUGUGGAGCUGCCAGACAGUGUCUCAGACACAGCAGGAGAGGAUGCAGAAGAUCUACGUGCAGAGUGAUGGGCACUUUGAGGUAUUCACCACUGUCUUCUCCCCACAAGCUUGUAGAGCAAGAACAAGAUACAGGCCUAGGGAAGCAGUGAAGGUAGUAGCAGCAGUUAACUACAGGCCUCAAUGGCCAGAUGAACUUCAACUCUGUCAGGGUGACAUCAUCCAAGUUCUCUUCAGAGAUGAGCCCUCAUGGUGGUUCGGGCGUCUACAGAAUGGGGCAGAGGGGUACUUUCCAACCGCAUGUGUGACCAGACUGAACCAGAGUGAUGAUCAUGAGCCAGUGAAUGCCAAUCCAAGCUCGUUACAGAGUUCAUCCAAGGAUGCAGCUCCUGAUGCCCACUGUGGCUGCACAAGCGGUCGUAGUACUCCAAAGGUCCCCAGGCAUGAGAAAGAGAGCCUCUUCCGGGCCCUGGGACACGAGGCCUCCUCAAAGUCAGGCUCGGCCCACAGCUCCCCCAGCCUGUUGCACCGAGUGCUGUCCAAGGGCCACCGGAGGAAGAUUGACGCCCAGGGACUGGGAGAUGUAAAUUGCUCCAUCAAUGUAGCAUUUGAACCUGACUGAUUGUUUAUCAUUAAGAAUUCUAUCAUGUAUGUGCAGCCCUUUAUUCUGUGUUAGUUUCCAUGGCUGUUAGGUUCAUAAAAACACAAACUUCACAAAACUGGAGCUAUUAUAGCUGUCAUAUUUUGGGGUAAUAGUGAAAUAUCAAUCAUAAGGGUGUGACAUGUUACACUACUUGUUCUGGAGUAUGUUUAUGUUUAUCUAUCCUCUAUUUACCAUUGAGAUUAAUGGAGUACAGUCUUCUUCUCUCCUGUUAAUAGCCAACUGUGAUCCCGUCUUUGUUAGCUGUUUUUACCCCAUUGUUAUUUGUACUGCUGCUUCACUUUAAUUUGUACAUAUUGCAUAUAUUAUAUUUGAACAAAAUACAUUGUAAUGUUACAUCAUU